AUGGAAGAAGAAAUCACUUAAUCUUAAAAUCAAAUUCGUACACCAGCAUAUGUUCCAACAUAAACUAUGCUUGGUUUAAUCAAAUCAAACUCUAGAAAUUAUGAUAAUAAUUCAAUCAAUUGUACAUCACAAAACACUAACACUAACACUAACACUAUGCACUAAAAUUUAUUUUAGUUGGAGAACAGAAAAUUUAACGAAGAUCUCCAAUCAUUCUAAUAAAAUAAACGUAUUACAUUUAGUUCAAAUAGCGCUUCUUCAGGUUUCAAUUAACAAACUGAUAUCUCCGAAUAAUUUAUAAAUCCAAGUACUUUUUAAAAUUAGUUCUUACAAUCUCCUUGUAAUUGCUAAAUCCAAAAAUAAUAAUAAUAAUAAUAAAUUGAGUUUUCAUACAUGAAUUAAAGAGAACCUUAAGAAGAAAUGGAAAGGGAAACGAAUAACUAUCUUUCAAACUCUUGUUAAAAUGCUCUAUAAGUAUAUAAUAAUUAAUUAUAAUUCGUAUAAGGAUCAAUGCAGAUUUAGCAAGGACAAGCAAUAUUAUCUUAGAAUAAAAAUGAAUCUAAUUGCUUUUUAUAAAGAAAUAACUAGCAAAUGAAUGAAGAAUCGAUCAGUGCUUAACAGCCUUACAUAACUAAAUAAAAAAAAUAAAUCCAACCAUGCUGUAUCAAUUCAAAUAACAAUAAUUGUAAAUACACACAAUUUUUACUUUCUAAUGAUCAUUAAGCCAAACUUGAGGCUCUUAAAUAUUUUGAAACAAGCCUGAGAGACUGUAGUACUACUGACUUACUUCGUUUAUUCAAUCAUAAAUUUAUAGAUAUCCUUGUAGAAAACUGCAAUAACUACUAGAAAGAUUAAAAAUUGGCUUCCAUGUCCAUGAAAAUUAUCUUUAUGAUAUGCUUAAAUAAAUGUUAAUAGCUAACAUCAAGAAAAGUUGAUUAAUAGGUAAAGCUGCUUAAAUUUCUAGCUUGA